CAGUGACCCCUGGCGGGCAGGUCCUCUCUUCAAGACCUCAUUAAAAGCAUCCAGGCACUUGUCUCGCCUCACUUGGCAGCCUGGGGGUGGUCGAGGAGGAGCCCGGCCUCUGACUGGAGAGCACCUUCCCCCUUUGCUCUCUCGGAGAGAGCCAGCGCCCCGCUCCCGAGUCAGCAAUUCCAGACCCAGGAGCAAACGAGUCUAGCGCAUCGGGGGCGCCCGGGGCCCGAGUGAGAAAAGGCGCAUCGGCGCAGCAGCGGAGGAAGCGCCGCGGUUCCGGCCCAGAGGACCUUUCUACUCGGCGCGGAGGAGAGCUCCAGCUUCCCGGCCAGCCUUUGGCUGGCUCCAGUCCUCUUCAGGCUUGUCUGCUCCCAUCAGCUUUAGGGGCAGGGACGUUUGCCAAGAGUCGUCGGUUCAACUAAUCCUGUUGUCUGCUCUGGGAUCAAUCCCCAUGGCCGUUUACUGCGCGGCGAGGCUGGGACCGCGGCUGGGGCCGUAGCGGGCGCGCUGAACGCCAGUCUUUACUUCUCCCCAGAGCCAACGGCCAGACACAUCGGUCCGCGGCCUGCCCGCUCAGCAGCAGCCUUGCGGGGAGGACUCCAUGAGACGGCGUCGCCGCAGGGUCCCCGGCCCCCGAUGGAGCGUCAGGACACUUUCGUGGACGCCGCGGUGCUGGACUUCGUGGCCGAUCUCUCCCUGGGGUCCCCCGGAGGCCCCCUUCUCUAUGACCUUGGCUCCGGGGGGGCCCUGGAGGAGCGGGCCAUGGGCCUCCGGGGGGGCAUGGCCCGCGGCCUGCAGUCCUUCGAGGAAGAGGACGAGGGGGAAGAGGAAGAUGAAGAAGAUGAAGAGGAGGAAGGUGAGGGAGACGCAGAGGGAGAUGGAGGCGAGGAAGGGGAGCCCCUACGGGGCGCCUCACUGCUUCUGGGCCGCCCCAAGAGGAAAAGGGUGAUAACCUUAGCCCAGCGACAAGCCGCCAACAUCCGCGAGAGGAAGAGGAUGCUCAACCUCAACGAAGCCUUCGACCAGCUAAGGAAGAAGGUGCCCACCUUCGCCUACGAGAAGCGCCUGUCGCGGAUCGAGACCUUGCGCCUGGCCAUAGUGUACAUCUCCUUCAUGACGGAGCUGCUGGCCAGCUGCGAGAAGCAGGAGGCGAGCCGGGGAGCCCGGCCUUAGGGAGAGAGCGCGCCACGACGGCAGAGGGCCGGAGACUUAGAGCUGAGGAGGGCAGCUCGGCCGCAGGCGCAGGGGGGGUCUCGGAGAUUGAACAUCUGGCUUCCCAGGCGGGCAAUAAACACACCCGGGAAAACUCUGGAGAGCCUAGCGCGCCCCGCGGGCGCCCUACUGCCCAAAACCCAGCUCGCCCCGAAACCGUAGACUAGAUUUAACACCUGCCAAUGCCUGUGUGCGUG